GAACAAGCUUUGAACGAAAACCCUUACUUUUCUGAUUUACAUGUAACAAAUUGUGAUUUAAAUUUAGGUUUGACUACCCUGUUAGCAAAUCAUCGGCGUUGUUUAUCGACGGUAGGAAUAGGGACACGCCCGUUUCAACGUAUAAUGAACUAGUCAAUAUUUUUAGGGUGGAGUAGCUCUACCGUUAGGCGUUAACUUUGCCAAUCCUGCGUCCUUCAAUCCAGUUACAGCGUUUACCCCUCUUGCACAAAGAGCUCCUACUUAUUAGUUUAUCGCUUCCAACAAGAUGGCGGUGAUCGACAUGGAAAAGCUCGUUACUUCGACGGUAAUGCCGGCCAACACAACGGAAGAGAUUCCAUGGGUUGAAACGACUAUUGCUGGAGGAUUCCGGAUUUGGCAGGUUCUCUUUCUAAGCGGAGCUGUUCUUUUAGCCGUCGUAAUCAUUUUAUGCUGUUGCGUACGCAUACGCAUUCCGAGAACUAAGCAAGAAAUUGAGGCGGACUUCCGGCGCAAGCAACUUUCCAAGCGCUUCAAGCAAGAACUUAAGCGCAUUCGAAACUCGGAAUUGGAUGUCAUGGAUCUUAGACGAGCAUUGGAUAGAGUCCGGGCCGACUUCCAUUCGGACACGGAAAGUUUCUGCGGUAAUCAAUCCGACAUCUUCACUUCGCUGGCUCAAGGAGGAGUAGGUUCGCCAGGGGAAGACAGCCCAGUUGAUUCAAGUGACUACAAUGUGACUCAACAAUGGUUGGAAAUGCAAAUGUCCAAGUUGCGCACGUCAGCACCGUUACCUAAACCUUACACCACCCAACGCGUAUAA